GCAGGCCUUGCGCUGUCAGCACAGAGCCCAACGCGGGCUCUUGAACUCACGAGCUGUGAGAUCAUGACCUGAAUGGAAUCAAGAGUUGGACACUCAACUGACUGAGCCACCUAGGUGCCCUGUAGUUAGAGUCUUUAAAGAAGCAGCAGCAUGGCAGUGAGGCCAGGAUCCCAAAUAACAGAUUUCCAGAAACUUGCCUCAAAGCCCCAAUGCGUGCCAGGCCCGUGAAGCUGGUGAGCACAGACCUGCUGGCAGUAAUGGGCAGUGGCUAAUUAUCUGCUUCCCAGAGCAGAGAUGGCUGGGGAUGGGGCAGGUGGGAUUGGGGAGGUAGGAUGGAGUCCUGCCCUGGUAAACCAGAAAGCAAUGCAGGCCAGGAGCUACAGGGCAGGUGCUGGGGCAGGUGGGAGGAGAUUGUGGGCACACUUGAGCUAUCACAACCCUCUCACACCACUCGUGGAGCCCAUGCAUCCCACGCCUGAGUGAACCACCAAGUGCAUGUGCAGGAACGUGUACCCUUUCUGGAAGACGGAAUUGUAGACGUGGAGUACAGCUGGACCUCUGCUAGCAGAGUGCUCACCAGGAGGCCCCCCUGGGACAGCUGCAACCUCUUGUAUACUUCCCGCCCACCCAGGCCAGGUGACUGGGGAGUGGUACAUGAGGUCACUGGACGUUGGGGGAAGAAAGAUUCAAGUAAGCAGGUGACCCUGUUCACCCCUACCGUGCACUCAUUGACCUUCAUGUCCAGGAAACAAUGCUUGGGUGGAAAAAAGUCACUAAUCUGGUUACUUUGGGGGAGGAGCUUCUUGGUUCCAGGCAAAAAGAGAAGCCAACCCAGGCUCAGUGCGUGUGGAUGGGGAGGGCCGCUGGGGGUGGGACAGGCAGGCGUGAAAAGAACUGGGUUGUACUGACCACCGUUCCUUGCGUUUCCUCACCACCUGCUGCUGGUUCCCUGUGUUGGGAGAGACAAUUCGAGAAGGAAUUUAAUUUGUUUUAGUACAAAAGCAAUUUAAGAAGUCUGGAAAACAAAAAGGUAAAAGAAGAGGGGAGUCCCCUGCUCCUGAAGACCCCCCAAGGUCCUGUGUCCCCCCAAGUCUCUCACAUCUGUACAGGCCGAAGAUUCAGAAGAAAAAGCAAGUUAUGGCGGAUGAUUUGGAGCUAAUUUUCCAACUUUAAAGCCAGUCUAGUUUUGUUACUAGCCGUGGGCCAUCACCCUCCCUCUCUGUGCUCUGCCCUUCUCUUUAGAAAAUUAGGAGAGCCCUCAGCCUAUUCCCAGGUACCGCAUCUGUCUCCUGGGUGACUCGAAUUCAGUAACAAGCAUUUCCAAUCAGAAGAGAAAUAGAAACCACCCUAUUAGAAAAUAACACAAAAGGUCAUGUGUCCUCAGUCCUGCCUCAUCAUUCCUGAAGAGAGUCCCCAGAUUUCUCUGUCCACCACCUCGGCUCAGCUCCUGCUGUUCCAGUUCUGGGGUCUCCCCUGACUGGGGCUCCACAAAGCUGGGAAGGAAGAGAAGUUUCACUGAGGACGUGGCCUGGAAGCCUCCGGGAGGCUGGCUGCAAGGUUGAGAACAGAGACAACCACAAAGACCGCAAUGCAGACAAGCAGCGCUCAGGGCUUGGAGCCCAUCUGCGGAAGGAGAACCAAUAGUCACUGAACUCUUAUGCUCAGGCUUUACAGACACAUGAGACAGUACAAUUAUUGGCCCCGUUCUACAGAUUGGAAGACUGAGGCCUGGGAAGCUCACUUAACUGAUCUGUAAGGGGCCAAGAGCCAGAGUUCAAACCAGAACCUGCCUGAUGGUCAAGCUGGAGGGCUUUUACUUUUCUACUUUCCUGUAUCCCAAUAAGUGCUCACCUUGCAUGUGGGGCCCACAUUCUGGGCUUCAUCCUUGCUCCCCCUCUACAUCCCACAGCCUCCUAGCCUUCCCCUGUCUCCCCUGCAGCCCCAGCCCACUGCUGGGAAGGAAGUUCCCUCCUCCACCUCCCCUCCCAGCAGCUCUAGAGCAGGUUCUGUGCCCGGGGGCUCUCUAGAGAGAGCUCCUCCCAUCCAGGUAAAGCCACAUUCUCCUGGCAGGGCCCCCAGUCACCUCACUGCAUACACACACACUCCACCCACAAACUGCACGCUGUAUACACAAGUCACACUGGAGGUAUACUCACUCUCAGUCCCAACCCCAAACAGACCCCGCCUCCUCCUCUGUGGACUCCUAGACCGGCUCCUUUUACCACAUUCCCUAACCUGCCAGUGCCUGAAAGAAGACGAUAUGGGGUCUCCUCCACCUAAGGCAGAGGGGCCCAGGGUCCAACUCCAGAAACUUCUGGCCUCCUGGCUGCUCAGAGAGCAGGACUGGGAUCAGCAUCUGGACGAGGCCCACAUGCUGCAACAGAAGAGGAUCCGAGAGUCUCCACUGCUUCAGGCAGCCAAGGAAAAUGACCUGUGUGCCCUCAAGAAACUUCUGCUGGACCGAAGCUGUGAUUUCCGACAGAGAGGAGCCUUGGGGGAGACUGCGCUGCAUAUAGCGGCCCUCUAUGACAAUCUCGAGGCCGCCGUGGUGCUGAUAGAGGCUGCCCCGGAGCUGGUCAAGGAGCCCACCUUGUGUGAGCCAUUUGUAGGUCAGACCGCCCUGCACAUAGCCAUCGUGAACCAGAACGUGAACUUGGUGAGAGCCCUGCUUGCCCACGGGGCCAGCGUGUCUGCGAGAGCCACAGGCACGGCGUUCCGCCACAGCCCCCGCAACCUCAUCUACUUUGGGGAGCACCCCUUGUCCUUUGCUGCCUGCGUGGGCAGUGAGGAGAUGGUGAGGCUGCUCAUUGAGCAUGGAGCUGACAUCCGGGCCCAGGACUCCCUGGGAAACACCGUGUUGCACAUCCUCGUCCUGCAGCCCAACAAGACCUUUGCCUGCCAGAUGUACAACCUGCUGCUGUCCUAUGAUGGGCGCAGGGACCACCUGCAGUCCCUGGACCUCGUGCCCAAUCACCAGGGUCUCACCCCCUUCAAGCUGGCCGGAGUGGAGGGCAACACCGUGAUGUUCCAGCACCUGAUGCAGAAGCGGAAGCACAUCCAGUGGACCUACGGGCCGCUGACCUCCACUCUCUACGACCUCACCGAGAUCGACUCCUGGGGGGAGGACAUGUCCUUUCUAGAGCUGGUGAUUUCCUCCAAGAAGCGAGAGGCUCGCCAGAUCCUGGACCAGACCCCAGUGAAAGAGCUGGUGAGCCUCAAGUGGAAGAGAUACGGACAGCGGUACUUUCACAUUCUGGGUGCCUUGUACAUGCUCUAUAUGAUCUGUUUCACCGCCUGCUGCAUCUACCGCCCCCUCAAGUUCCGCUUGGGCAACCGCACAGAUCCCCGGGACAACACAGUCCUCCAGCAGAAACUGCUGCAGGAGGCCUAUGUGACUCAGCAGGAUAAGAUCCGUCUGGUGGGGGAACUGGUGACCAUCAUGGGGGCUGUGAUCAUCCUGCUCCUGGAGAUCCCGGACAUCUUCAGGGUUGGUGCUUCUCGCUAUUUUGGACAGACUAUCCUCGGGGGACCGUUCCAUGUCAUCAUCAUCACCUAUGCCUGCAUGGUGCUGGUGACCAUGGUGAUGCGGCUCUCCAACAUGAACGGGGAGAUGGUGCCCAUGUCCAUUGCCCUGGUGCUGGGUUGGUGCAGUGUUAUGUACUUCGCUCGAGGAUUCCAGAUGCUUGGUCCCUUCACCAUCAUGAUACAGAAGAUGAUUUUUGGAGACUUAAUGCGCUUCUGCUGGCUGAUGGCUGUGGUUAUUCUGGGAUUUGCCUCAGCGUUCUAUGUCAUUUUCCAGACAGAGGACCCAUCCAACCUGGGGCAAUUCUAUGACUAUCCCAUGGCACUGUUCAGCACCUUUGAGCUUUUCCUCACCGUCAUUGAUGGGCCUGCCAACUACGAAGUGAACUUGCCCUUCAUGUUUGGCAUUGUCUACUUUGCCUUCACCAUCAUUGCCACGCUGCUCAUGCUCAACCUGUUCAUCGCCAUGAUGGGUGAUACACACUGGCGGGUGGCCCAUGAGCGGGAUGAGCUCUGGAGGGCCCAGGUGGUGGCCACCACAGUGAUGCUGGAGCGGAAGCUGCCUCGCUUCCUGUGGCCUCGCUCUGGGAUCUGCGGGUGCCAGUAUGGGCUGGGGGACCGCUGGUUCCUGCGAGUUGAGAACCACCAUGAUCAAAAUCCUUUGCGAGUGCUUCGCUACGUGGAAGCUUUCAAGGGCUCAGACAAGGAGGAUGGACAAGAGCAGCUUUCUGAGAAACAGCCCUCUGUUUCUGUGAUCGAAAGUGGGACACCAGCCAGAGUCUCUCUGGCCCCUCCAACGCCUUCCCUAUCCCGGACCACAUCUCACAGCAGUAGCAGCCACUGGGGCUGGGAGAUCCUGCGUCGCAACACAUUAGGACACGUGAAUCUUGGGCUGGACCUUGGUGAGGGAGAUGGAGAGGAAAAUAUCUAUCAUUUAUGAUGAGGACCCCUGUUUCUAUUGGCCUGAAAAACAGGUGGGCCUAAAUGGAGGGAAGUAUCUGAUUGUUUUGCCUGUUAAUCAUGAGAGGGGAUAGGCAGAAUAAUUCUUAAAGGUCAUGUCUCAUCCUUCACAUUAGCAUUUCUGGAGAUGGGCAAUGGACGUCUGUUGUCCCACAUAUCUUCCGGUUUCCUGAAAGUCCCACAUCUUGAGAAAAGAAGGUGUCUCUUAGAGCAAAGUUGGAUUUAGCCAUCAAAGACAUGAACUAGGGAUGCUAGACUAACAUCUGGAUCAUCUUUCUUUCUGCCUCAUGCAGGCACUAGAAAGUAGUGAGCUGUGAAGCCUGCUUGGUUCCACAAGGCUUAAUGUGGGAAGAUCCAGGCAUGGCACCGAGGUUAUGGCCCUUCCCUUUUCCCCUGUAGGACUCUCUCUCACCCCACAACCAACCCCCAACUAGAAAACUGCAAUAAGAAAGGUUCUUUAUCCUUGCUUUAUUUUUCAGAAAUUUUAUUGUGGGAAGAUACACAUCACAUAAAUUUACUGUCUUAACCAUAUGUAGGUAUACAAUUCAGUGGCAUUAGGUACAUUUACACUGUUGCAUAAUGAUAACUACUAUUCAUCCACAGGAUGCUCUCAUCAUCUCAAACCAAAACUCUGGUACUCAUUAAACAUUAACUCCCCACUGUCCCCUCCACACAGUCCCUCAUAACCAAUAUUCUACUCCACGUCUAUGAAUUUGACUACUCUAGGUACCUCAUACAGGUGGAAUCAUUCAAUAUUAAUUCUAUUGUGUCUGGCUUAUUUCACUUAGCAUAAUAGUUUCAAGAUUCAUCUGUGUUGUAGCAGGCAUCAGAAUUUUAUUCCUUUUAAGGGUCAAAUAAUAUUUCAUUGUAUGGAUAUAUCACAUUUUAUUUAUCCAUUCAUCCACUGAUGGGUAUUAGGAUUGUUUCCACCUUUUGGCUAUUAUGAGUAAUACUGCUAUGAACAUUGGCAUAUAAUUCUCUUCAAGUUCUUGCUUUCGAUUUCUUCGGGUGUAUCCUUAGCUGUGGAAUGGCUUGGACUUAUGGCAAUUAUUAUUUAAUUUUUUGAGGAACUGCCACACUUUGUUGUGUUUCUUUCUUUCUUUCUUUCUUUCUUUCUUUCUUUCUUUCUUUCUUUUUCUCCUUCUCCUUCUUUUUGAU